CCGAAGCCUGAACAACAACGGUCCACGGCCCAUCUAGACAAGCCCAACUGCCCCCCCUCCGGCCGCCGCACGGAGAAGCAGCAGCCAUGCUGGCCGCCGCCGCCGCGCGUGCCCGCCGCCUUCUAGCGUCCCCGGCGGCCUCGGGGAUCCCCAGCGUAAUCUCGGCCCCUCGCCUCGGGUGCGCAUCAGGCGCCGAGGGCGUCCUCCUGCCCUGUCUCGAUGGCUUCCCCGCCUCGCCGUCCUCUCCGCGUCAUACCGGGGGCUUCUCCUCCCAGUCUCCCGGUAAAAUGCUAUUGCCAACCAUGACUUCUCAGUGGCGGAGUGGGAAAUCAGUGCGCUAUCACAUGGCAACAGCUCACUUCUCAACAGAAGCAAGUGAUGUUGAUCAUCCUACAGAAGCUGUAGAGGAGCUGUACCAAAAAAUGUUGAAAUCUGUUGAAGCUGAGACUAUGCCUCCAAAUGCCUGGUUGUGGUCAAUGAUCAGCAGCUGCUCCAACGAGGAGGACAUCAAACUUCUUUUUCAGAUUUUGCAGAAGUUAAGAGUAUUUAGACUAUCAAAUCUUCGCAUCAGUGCAAACUUCAAUGACCAUCUCUGUAUGAAAGUGACCGAGGCUUGUGCUCGCGUAGGCACCCUUGACUAUGGGUUGAAGGCUUUAUGGAAGCAUAAUGUUUAUGGAAUAACACCAACCAUUGGUUCUGCUCAUUAUCUACUGCAACAUGCUAAAGAGCACAACGAUACUGAACUAAUGGAAAGCAUAAUGCAAGUCCUUAGAAGAAAUUCCUUGCCGUUGCAACCAGGCACUGCUGAUAUAGUUUUCAGCAUCUGCUAUAACGCUGAUAGAUGGGAUUUACUCUCAAAAUACGCGGAAAGAUUUGUUAAGGCUGGCGUCAAGUUGCAUCGUACUGCAUUUGACAUUUGGAUGGAAUUUGCUGCCAAAGUUGGAGAUUCACAAGCUAUUUGGGACAUAAAUAGUCUAAGAGGCAAGUCUGUCAAACACUAUACUCUUGCAACAGGUUUUGCAUGUGCAAAGGGGUUUCUGCUUGAACGCAAGCUGGAAAGUGCCGCUGGCAUUAUUAAACUCCUUAAUAAGCAUUUGCCUGAUCAGAAGAAACCAUUUGUCAAGGAUGAACUCCAAAAGCUGAUAGCUGAAUGGCCUACAGAGGUGAUAAAGAGGCAGAAGAAAGAUGAUAGGAAGGUGGGAUAAAUGAUUUUUGGUUUGAUUUCUCCACAAUCAGGAAUAUGGCUAUGGAGGAAGCUUUGGUCAAGGACAUCCCUACAAUGAUCAAUUGCCUGACAAAGUCAGGCCUCGAUAUUCCUGUGGAUUUGGAAAAGCUUGCCCCUCAGCUCCAAGCAGCGUAGUAAAGAAGAUGCACGGCUUGCCAGAUGAUGUAACAGCUGCUGUAUACCUGAUACCCCGAGGAACGGCUUUUUUUUGGCACGGAUGCAAGCAGGCAACCAAGAUCGAAGCCCAGCCAUUUUGAUCCGAUAUGUUGACACGGUUAGAGCUAGCCUCGCCGAUAAUAACAUGGGUCGCUCUGUUGUGAUUUGUGACUCGUGACCUUGAUUCGUUUGUUGCAUCAACGCUGGAACGCUUUUGUCUGGAAACCUGCAGUUAACUCAUUCGUCAACUAUUGUCAUUUGCCCAGAUGCCUUCUCCUGAGAAAGUCAUCCUGUCGUGGCGUUGUACUGGAAGAACAGUUAACUAAUAGCACACGUCGGGGACUUGAUUUCGUUUGUAUGUCCUAAUAGCAGUUAGAAUUGUCUAGUACCAUUUUCAGGCA